AGAUGCGAGUUUAACUAAGGAAAAUAACUAGAGGAUUAUACAAAGAAUCGACAAUUACCAUCGCAUAUUUUGAUCUGUUCAAAAGUGCAUACGGUAAACCAUGUGUUUAGUAAAACACACGAUCCUGCCGAGAAAGACCGAGAUGAAUUUGCAGGCGCCAAGUCCUCUCUUUCUAGCCUGAGGAGAAGUCCACCAUAAUGACUUGGGAAUCACACGCAAUUGAUUUUUAUCGUGUUGUGCACGCGCUGGUGUGUUGUUACAAGUCUUGCGGCCUUGCAGGCCCGAGACACGUUUUUAGUCGUCGCAGUGCACGGCAUCGAGGCUAUUGGCAGAGAAAGAUAUAGAUUCGUCGCCUUAAUCCACUUAGGUUGGGAAAGAUAACUGACAUUACAUUCCUGCCACCACUUGGUGUUGUCACCAAACCACAAUGUAUGCUACCACGGUCCGCCACAAUACAGAUGCUGAAUGAAAACAUGGAAGGACAGAUGUAAGAGGGCAUUCUUCCCUCGAAAAGGACUGACAAGUUCAUGGCUGCCAAAAAGGAGAGAAUAAUGGUUCUUCAUGAGGAGGGGGCUACUGCCCCCAUAGCACUGCCCUCAGCUGCCUCUCCCCCUGACCUCUUUGGUGUCCUAAACACAGGGCAAGCAAGUGCAGUUGUAGCCAAUGAAGAAGCAAACAUUCCAGCAACAUCUACUCCAGGUUCUGCAAUGGGUACUGGUCAAAUGGCUUCUACAUUGAACUCUGCUGCCAGGUCAAAUAACCAACCAGAGAAUUUACCACCAGAGAGCACCUACAGCGGUAUCAAGGUGAUGUUGGACAAUAACAACAUGUGGAAUGAGUUUUUCAAAUGCAAAACCGAAAUGAUAAUAACCAAACAAGGCCGGAGGAUGUUCCCUUAUUGCCGCUUUCGCGUCUCUGGUUUGGAGCCCUUACAGAAGUACACUCUGCUCAUGGAUAUCAACCCUGUGGACAACAAACGUUACAAGUGGACUGGGCAAGACUGGCAAAUGAGUGGGAAGGCAGAGGCCCAUUUGCUGAGACGGGUUUUCAUCCAUCCAGACUCUCCAUCUUCUGGUCACCAAUGGAUGCAGAACCCAGUGUCAUUCUACAAGCUUAAGCUCACUGACAACACGAUGGACCAGGAGGGCAAUGUAAUUUUGCACCCAAUGCACCGCUACUUACCACACCUGCAUUUGGUCUCAGCUGAAACGGCUACAGAGGAUAUUCAGCUCAAUGGGCCUGACGUGAUAACCUUCACCUUUCCCCAGACUGAAUUCUUUGCUGUAACAGCCUACCAGAAUGUACGCAUGUCUCAGUUUAAAGCAGACUUCAACCCUUUUGCAAGUGGACCCAACUCCCAGGCUCUAAAGCUGAAAAUGAGUCCCUCCAAUGAGUCGAAGAAGGAUGAAACCAGAUCUCCCAAUGAACUCAAGCCUGUGAAAGGCUUGAAUGGCCUAAAAUCUUUGAUGGCGGCAAAACGCAGAUCUAAAGACACUUCAACAGUAGAUAGAGGACUCCUGAGCCCUGAUGCUCAAAAUGUUUCCCUUGCAGAUGGUGACAAAACUGAGGUCAAAACUGAUGGACCCAGCUCCAGGCUGAAAUCAAGGCCCUCCAAUGAGAUGAACAAAGACUCAGCCCAAUUGCCCAAUGAGGUCAAGUCUGUGAAAAGUCUGAAUAAUCUUAAGUCUUUGAUCGGGAAACGCACUUCCAAAGAUACUUCAGCAGGAGGCCAAGGACUUCUCGCUCCGAAUGCCCAAAAUGUUAGGCUUGCAGAUAGUGAUAAGUCCGGAGUCCAAACAAGUCCCUCCAAUAAGUCAGAAAAAGACACAAACAGUUCUACCAAUGACCUCAAGCCUGGGAAAAGUCUGGAUAACCUGAAGUUUUUGAUGGCAAAACACAACUCUAAAGGCAUAUUCGCAGUGGAUCAGAGAGUCCUCAGUGAAGAUGCUCAACGUGUUACACCUGUAGACAGAGACAAAUCUGGAGUCAACGCUAAUGGAUCCAGCUUAAGCACUCCAAAGCUGAAAUCAAGAUCCUCCAAUGAGUUGAAAAAAGCAGAAACCACAUCUGCCAAGGAAUUCAACUCUCUUAGAAGUAAUCUGUCUUUGUCAAAAUGCAAUUCUAAAGACACAGCAGCAGUAGGUCAAGGACUCCUGAGUUCAGAUGCUCAAAAUGUUACACUUGCAGACAGUGAAAAGUCAGGAGUCAAAAUGGAUAAACCCAGCUCCUACAAGAAAUCAAGUCCCUCCAAUGAGACGAUGAAAGUUGAAACAAUAUCUCCCAAGGUGUGCAAUUAUGUGAAAAAUUCCCGAAAGUCUUUGCGUAGAAAACGCAACUCCCAAAAGACUUCAGCAGCAGAUCAUGGACAAAAGUCAGUCAGAAACACAGAGUCCACUGAAUACCAUUCUUGUACAACAGGUCCUCCCCAAAGUAACUUCCCUGAGCUGAUUCGGGAGUGUCGUCUGACAAUACGAAGGUGCAAUGUUGAGAUAACCAAUACAACUUGUAGUGUUGAGCAAACAAACACUAAGGGCAUGGUUGCCAAUGGCAAAGUUGUGGAAGUAGCUGUGAAUGACAAUUUUUCCCAGAUUUCUGAACCUGAAGCCUUGUCCGGGAAGACUAUUGAAAGGGUGGGAACACUGCACAAUGGGAAUGUGAUUGACAGUGUCAAGGACCUCUUCAAUUCAUCUCAGUCCCAGGAACCGGUCAAGACCCGUGUGUCAAUCAAUGACCAUUCAGCAAAUGAAGUUGAAAACAGUCAAAAGGCUUCCCAGAGCUCCUCCGUGAGCUCUGAAGCAAAAAUGACAGGUUUUGAUGAACAGCUGCAGGGGAAGGCUAAACCACACAAACGACCGGAACCUGUGCCUUUGCCCCUUCUUGCACUCUACCUUCAACAGUUGAAGUCAAAAUCCAGAUCUGUUAGGACCAAACCAAAAUCUCCCCCGGGAUUGCCUUCGUCUUCAUCCCCAUCUUCUGCUGUUCCAACCACCGAUCCUGUUAUUCCAGCCACCGAUCAAACUGGCCCUGUCAUAGACUCAACUGGCCCAGCCAUGGACUCAACUGGCCCAACCUUGGAAUCUACUGGCCCAACCUUGGAAUCUACUGGCCCAGCCUUGGAGUCUACUGGCCCAGCCUUGGAAUCUACUGGUCCAUCCAGGGAUUCUACUGGAUAUGCUAUAGUUCCAGCCAGUGGUCCUGUAGUUCCAGCCAGUGGUCCUGCUGAUCCAGCUAUCAAUCACAUUGUUCCAGUCAUUGCCCCCACUGGGCCAACCACAGACUAUGUUGGUCUACCCAUGGAUAUUUCAGUCCCAAACACAGAUUUUUUGGUUCCUACCACAGACUCAUUGUUACCAGAACCUGACUCAGUUUUACCAACUGCUGAUCAUUUGUUUCUUGUCCCUGAGCCUACCUUAUCCAUUGCACAAUCACCCCCCACCCCUUGUUUGCCAGCAACUGUCUUAUUAUCACCAUUCCCUGACCCAUUGUUACCAGCCCAAGAAUUGCCACCCCCUGUACCUGUCACAUUAAACCUAGCGACUGAUUUAUCAUCACUUACCUCUGACCCUCCCUCAACUGCUCCAGCACUGUCAUCAACACCUAGUCUUGCCAACUUGGAACCUGAAUUUACCCCCUCGUUACCAUCCCCUGGUCCUUCGCACGGUGGCUUUGAGCCAUCCUCGCCUGCGCCAUUACCAGAUCUUGAACCCCCUUUACGUUCCCCUGUUACAUUGAAACCGGAAGCCGCCGCCCCCUCCUUACCUGUACAUGCCUCCUCAUUCCCAGCCCUUGAACGAUUACUGCCCCCUAACCCUUUUGUUCUAUCCUCUGAAUUUUCAUCACAUGGAUCACUUUUAGGCCUACCUGCCCCUGAUCCUUUUUUAACAAUACCCUUUAUCCCAUUGUUGCCUUCCGCUCACAUUAACCCAUUACCCUUUGAGGCAACCUCAUUUUCCUCUACCUCUCACCCUGACUCACUUGCUCUGGACACUGCAAUAUCCCCAUCUCCCUCGGACACUACCUCAUCAUUCCAAGUCAAUUAUGAACCAUUAACACACCCAUCUACACCGUCUCCACUCCCAUUCCAGUUAUCUCCCUUUUCAUUGUUAGGUCCUGACCCAUUUUCACCAACCCCGUCACUGGCCGACCUCACUAACUUUUUCUCCAUCGCCGAAGAGCUUGAGAUAACUGAAGACUUUCCCAGCAGUGAGGCACCUCCUGUCCCAUGUCCUCCUGUCCGAAGUACCCCUAGCAUACCAGUUAGUUCUACUUUACCUGUUGGUUCUAGUCAGCCAACCCAGAGAAAUAAACCCUGGAGAUCUAAGAAGAGAUCUAGGAAAGGAGUGAAAUCUGCCACGGGUGAUUCACUCCCAGUGAUUGAUGGAUCCACAGAUGUCGCCAUGCAGCCCAACCUGGAGGAAGUUGAGGAGCAGCUGUUCGUCUCUUUCACCUCCAAGGAAGCACUUGAUGUCCACCUGGGAGAGCCUGCACUUUGUGAGACGACGACUGCGCAACCUCAGAAGCCCCCAGAGGCGACAGAGAAAGUUGGAGGACUAGAAACCACAGAGGAAAGAAUAGUAGCUUUCGAGAAGGUUCUUUUGGGGGACCUAAAGGUUAUGAGGCAUCGACAGGUCAUUCAUCCUGUGUUGCAAGAAGUUGGACUGAAGAUGAGUUUACUGGAUCCCACUCUGGUCAUUGACCUGCAGUACCUAGGUGUUUGUCUACCUCUACCCCCACCGUUUUUAUGUCCAGAACCAAACUCUCCAGGGUUGGCAUCUUCUCCAAGUGGUUCAGUCCCCUUUGUUUCCAGGACAGGCAAGACCACAGACUUCACCCAAAUCAAAGGCUGGAGAGAUAAGUUUGUCCCCUCGAACUCGCCAUCAUCCUCCAAGCCUGAAGGUUGCCCAAGUUCAGAAGUGGCCCCAAAGAACUUGUCGGCCUUCUGCAGUGACAUGUUGGAUGAGUACCUGGCUAACGAAGGUAAACUCAUUGACGAGCGCGCUGCCAGUUUCACCCAGACCACCAUCGUCACCCCUGUGGUCUACCAGCUACCCACCAAGAGCACCAGCUACGUCCGAACCCUAGACAGUGUGCUGAAGAAACGGGCACCGGCACUUUCUUCCACCUUUGUCCCACCAUCCAAAAAACCCAGACUGCCCCCCACAUCCAAAGGACUUAAAAAAUCUGAGAAAAGGCAACAAAAACAACAAUGUUCAAAGCAGAACAGAACUAAACUAACUUCUGCAACAACCCCAACACCAUUGCCCACUGAGCCAAACCCGCUAUUGAUGGAUCAUGGCGCCCCCAUCACCCACAAUGACACAAUUGAAACUAUAAAAAGGAGACCUCCACCAGCCCAUGACGCUCCUGUGUCCAGGCCAGAGGUAGAAGAGCCACCUCCCGCUGAACUGGCUCCUGUGGAAGAGGAUGACUCGGACCCAGAGCCACAGCCUGCUGCCAAGACCAAGGUCGUGUUUCCUGGGCUGACCAAGGCCCUGCUCCGACAAAGGGAUUUGGAGGACAGAGUUGUCUGGGAGAGCAAGCGCCGGACCUGCAUCUCAAACGAGAGGGCGACGGUCGCCCUCACCUCCCACUUCACCUCAACGGGCUUUGUUUGUGAGAACCCUACAGCUCCUAUUAGGAUCAUAAAGCGCAGGGCUCCUCCCUGCCUCAAAGCGUUCUGCCGAUUGGGCUGUGUGUGUGCCAGCCUGGCACAGGACCGUCGUAUUAUCCACUGUGGAAAGAUUGAGUGCAUCUUUGGCUGCAGCUGCCUCAGGCAGAAGGUGGUCGUCCUCAAGAACUUAGAAGGACCAGAUUCUAAUGCGUCAGAGGAGGGCCUGUCCAAGAAGCGGAGGAGAAAGUGGAAGAGAAUGAGGAUGGCAUAUACUCUCAGGGAGGCUGAGACGGUAUCAGAACCUGCUCCGCGUGUGAGAAUGUUGUGGAGAAAGACGGAUGGAGAGACGGACCCGGAGCCCAUCCUCGCCCCAACACCGGUCUACCUACCACAUCUUCCACUACAGGAAGAACCUUCAGUGGUGUAUUUUUCUCCGGUGAGAGAGGAAGGCGGGACCAUGACAUGUGCCAGAGUGCGUGCGUUUCAAAGCAAGAGCACAAACCGACCUGAGGUCAUUGACAAUCACUGCAAACCAAUAGACUCAGCACCAGUGAACUCUUCCAGUAUGUCAGAGAAGUCGUUGUCCUGCCAUCGUCCCAAGUACACGGAGCCCUCCAAGCGCCUGGAGAUUAUGUCUAAGUGUAAGUGGAGGAGCCUGGCGGAUAGGAACCUGGUGCUGAGAAUUGUGUGUGAGCACAUGGCCAAGGACCACCUCAGGAACCCCUUCUGGGUCAAAGGUUACCUUAUAAAACCCGUGUCUCAAACCCUGAGAAAUGAUGGCGAAAGCUGCUCCACCCACUACAAGGUACUCAUCUCUCAGGUCCCGAGACCGGACGGAGUGGAGGAGGAGAACGGUGAGGAGGAGGAGGAAAGGAUGGGAGAGAAAGAUGAAAAAGAACUAAUGGAAGAGCAGAGAGAGGAGGAUAAAGUGGAGGAAGUACCUGUCGUGGAGGAAGUACCUGUCGUGGAGGAAGUACCUGUCGUGGAGGAAGUACCUGUCGUGGAGGAAGUACCUGUCGUGGAGGAAGUACCUGUCGUGGAGGAAGUGGACAACAAGGCUGUGGGGCGUAGAAAGGAUCUGAAAUGGCAGGGCCUGCCUUUUUUAACAGGAAUUUCUCCUGCUGGCCUCCUUACUGGCAACCUUAAGCUGCCAGAAAUCUCAGACCAGAAAUGUAUCACGGUGAAUGGCAGGUCCUACCCCCAUGCCAAGAUACAACUGGGCAUGAUGGGAGCCAUGCACCCAGCCAACCGUCUUGCUGCUUACCUCACGGGCAAGUUACGAUGGCCUGCCUAUCUAAAGCGGUCUAUGGCGGCCUCCUCCUCCGUCCCAUCACAAAAACACCCCUCAGAAACUCCUAAAGGUGCCACAGAUACAAAGUCCUCUACAAGACAACCGGCCCAACUGGCAGCCACUCCUACCACCAUGGUUACCACAAGUGUUCCCUCUACCACUCCAGUUGCUGCUGGCCCCAAGUUCAUUGUGAACCCAGGUGCCUGUCUUUCUCAGGGGGCUCAGAUGGAGCAGAACACAGUGACUGCUGCUGUGCGGAUUCAGGUUGUCACCAUGGUCUACCCAACCAAAACACCUAAUGUGAGGGGUGGCGCCGCAGCCCUGGUAUCUGCAGUGUCUGUUAGCUCCAAGGCCCCCUCAGCACCAAGAUAUUCUACAGGUGCAAACGUAUCACCCCAAAAUGCAUCCCCCAUCAGUGAAGUGGUUACCAGUCCCCCGAUGCUCUCUGUCCCAGGGACAAGUACCUCUGUCAGAAUGCUGUCUCCUCUCACAUCCCUGACCCCUAUCAUGUCCCUGACCCCUCUCGCGUCGGGUCAGAGAAUGGUGCUGCAGCCGGUAAGGAACACCUCAGCGAACACCCUAUACAAGAACCCCAAGGGACAGCUGAUCCAGCUGGUUGCCCUCAGCCAGCUGAAGGCCCUUAACCCCAACCUCGUCAUGCACAACAAGGGUGGGAUGAUCAUUUUAACCAUGCCUGAAUGCUUGACCACCAUGAACAGCUCCACCUCCUCUCUCACCACAUUGGAGAGCAAGUGCCCUGGUAGCUGUGCUUCCACCAUCAGUACUGUCCCCCUUGUCACUUUCCCAAAGACCCAGACUGCAUCCAGCACCACUAUCACCGCCCCUAAAACCACCCCUGGUUACGUUAGUCUCUCACCCACCGUGACAAAUGGUGGGACGUACACCUUGGAGAUUGUUCCUCAGACAGGCAACAAGGAGCCCAUCAUCAUCAAGUGUCCGGCGGUGCCAGCCCAGGGCUCCUCCAAGGUGCUGCCUGUAGUAGGGUGUGUUACUGUGCUGCAGCCUCACCCGGAAACCACAGUAAUUACUGUCAAAUCCCCCACAAAAACGGUUAAGAACACAGGUGUCAAAGCUGACAAUAUCUCCACAGUGACCUCCAAUGUAGAUUCUAAUGUAGUCUCUGAGGUGUGUAGUUGGAUGCGGCCUUUCCAGAAAACCAAAACGCCUCCUAAAUCCACAAAACCCCCUAAAGGACCCCAGUUUAAAUUUAUAAAAACUGAUGCUAUCUCCCCAGCUCACUGCAAUUUAGACCCUAAUAUCCAGCCUGAGGUGGUUUUGGUGCUGCAGCCUCCCCCGAAACCCCCUAUAACCCAGGUCACAACGACAGGGAUCAAAGAUAACACCUCCACAGCAGACUCCAAUCUCCUUACUAAGAUGGUUCAUGUUGAUGACCCCUACCAGACAUGGACAGGAAGACCGAAGAGGAAGAUGGUGGAGGAUGAGUAUGAUUUGGAUGAUACGGAUGAGGAAAGGGAUGAGAAGACAGACAACUCAUCUGACGAGACUGAUUCUGACGAUUCAAGUGUUAAUAAAGAGGAGCUCAUCGACGUCAUCAGUAAACAGCUGAAGCACAACGUGGACGAGAGGCAUCGCCGUUUUGAGCUCCAUGGGUGCUUCCAGCGGCUGAGAGAGACACUGAAACUUGACCAAAAAGCUGCAAAAGUGUAUAUCCUUAAAGAAGCGACAGAGGAGAUCCAAAUCCUGACUACGAAACGUAACGACAUGGAGAAGCUAAGGAGUUCACUGACCCUGGAGAGAGCAGCUUAUGUCAAGAAGAUGUCCCAGUUAACUGGUAAUAAUGGACACUGCUGUAACAUUUCAGCAUUCAAAAAACAUUCAACCAACAUCUUUCCCUCCACAGGAGAGUCUGAGAAGCAGAUCCUGAGGAACAUCCAGUAUGUUUGUUCCCAGCAGAAGAGUGAGGAGCUACUCGUCAACAGGAAUGUGGAAGGAGUUCCCAAAGACUCCUCUGCUGUCUCGUCCUCUUCAGCUGUCUUGACCUGCAGUGAGGCCAAGUCGAGACCAAGACCAAGGCACAUGGGAGGAGUGACAGCAGAGGAGGAGGACAGGGAGGAGGUGAUGGAGGUGGUAGACCUUCUGGAGGACACGGAGGAGGACAGGGAAGCAGUGAUGGAGGUGGUAGACCUUCUGGAGGACACGGAGGAGGACAGGGAAGCGGUGAUGGAGGUGGUGGACCUUCUGGAGGACACAGAGGAGGAGAAAACAGACAACUCAUCGGACGAGACAGAGGAUUCUGCCGAUGACGACAACAACAAAAACAACAACGUUAAAGGGGACGUCAUUAACAUCCGUGAUGUUGAAGAAAUCGUAGAGGAGGAGGAGGCUGUAGACAUUGAGAGUGUGGAUGACAAUGCACAGAAGAGCACCACUUCACAACUGAAGGCAAAAUACGCUAAAGAAGUGGAAGGAGAAACAGGACCCAAAUUAAGGGACCGAAAACAAGUCCUUGACCUGAGAAACAAAUGCGAGCGCCUUGAAAAACUGAAGAGCGGGCUGACCAGGGAGAGAGCUGGUGAUAUUAAGAAAAUCUCAAAGAAAUCUGGAAAGACAGAGAAGCUCAUCAUCAGGAAACUGCAGGACAUCUCAACCAAACAGAAGGACAUGGCGUUCAAAAGGAAGUGGAGAGGGCCGUCCUCAUCGGUCUCACCCAAUAAAACAAUUUCACUCAGGAGCACUCGACAGCCUAAGCCAAAGUCCCUGGCCCCCAGCCUCAAGUUAAAGGUCGUAGCCACCCCAGUCCCCCACUCUGUCCCCCAAAAGCCUGCAUCCCAACGACCCAAGACAAGUCCCAUCACACCACCUUCCAGUAACCACCCCUCAACGUGGCGUUCGCCGCGUGAAAGGACCAGACCUAACAUCCUGUCUGGCAGAAAAAUACAGCCUGCCUCAGAUUCCCCACCAGUUCAUGCUGGGUUUCUCCCUCCUCAAAUGCUGUCUAUAGUGGGUGGAGUGAUCACAUCUGAGCAGGUGAUCGCCAUGCAGUCUGCCCGUUCUCUGCUGCCUCGAGGACGGGUCAAUGGAAUCGAAAUGCAACAGUCUCAAACACCAGGUGUCGCUUCGGUCACCAUCAUUAUCCCCUCAAUGGCCGAACCCAUUUCUCUCACUCCAACUUUUAAUAACUGCAACAGGGGAGUUCCUAAUUUCACCGAUGUCAUUUCAUUGGUUAAAGCCCAACAGAACCAGUCAGCUCCAGGUGUGUCAGGGGGAGCUCAGAGGAGGCCAGCCCCAGUGAAGGGUAGGGGCAGUGGGUUGGAGUACGGAGAGGUUCUGGGGAAGCAGCUGGACCACGCUGUAGACAGUGUAGGGAUCAACGACGCAGAUGGAAACUCUGAGGAGGACGAAGACAACAAAGAUGGUGAUGGUGAAGACGAGAGCCUGACGUCUGUCCUCAACGAGAUCUUCAUCCUUAACCAGCAGAUUACCACAGACAACAACAGCAGCCCCAGAGGUCCUCCAGUGGUCUCCCGCAUACCACACACCGAGCCUGGGCAGAUGGGGACUGUGAGGGUACCCACACCUCAGACAGACAGGGUGCUACUACCACCAAAGACAGAGAAGGAGAUCAUCGGAGAUGGAGAUGACGAGCGCUCCCUCAGCCCCUUGUUCCUGAGACUGGAUGAGGACAAGGGCCAGGAAAAGACUUCCAAAGGCCCAGGUCUGCCAAUACCACAGGCAGAGGACCUUAAAGUUGGUUUUGGAUCCAACCUGAAACCAUCAGAGACUGUUUCUGCUCCUGCUGUCAACGGGCACAGCCAACAAGCUAAAGCAUGCACUACAAAAGGUCAAGAUGUACUGCAAAAAGCACUGACCCCGCCACUGCUGCUGCAGAUGAAAGUUGGAGGCGUGGCCGAGGUGCUGGAGUCCAAUGAGAAGCCGGGGGAUGCCCUGACCCCGCCCCCACUGCUGCAGAUGAGGCCCAUGCCAAGACUAGACCCACGAUGACUAAAGAGCAACCCUCAGACAUAGAACUAAGAACCAACUCACUUAGGCUCAGGUCGACAUUGUAGCCAUCUCUCCUCAAUACCCCCAUUCACAUAGGUCGUAUUCAUUCGGCAACAAACGGACAAAAACGGACUGAAAUGGGGUGAGACUACUUGAACUUGUCCAAUGAGAAACGUUCAUUUUCUGUUGCAAAGCAUUUCUCUACAGUGUGACUUAAUGAAUAUGACCCUUCUGGCUAAACCAAUCGGGGAUAACUGCAUUUACGAACAUACAUUUAGGAUAUCCUUGUGAAAAAUGUGAUUUUGUUUUGUUUUAGAAGCAACACUACCUAACGGGGCGUAUCGGAAAGACUGACAUGACACUGUUCUGACAGUCAGGAGUUUUUGUUUGUUUUUCUGUUCAAAUCUCCUAUCUAGAAGUGUCUCAGAAUAAGAGUACAGAUCUAGAAUCAGUUUAACCUUUUGGAUCAUAAUGAAUAAGUUCACAUGGAUCUGAUCCUAGAUCAACGCAUGUCUAAGACACUAUAAAUACAGGCCCUGAACUGUUGCUUUUCUUUCCCUCAUUUUAAAGAGGAGAUUCAAUGAAUAUUCUAUAAUAAUAAGCUGCCAGGACCUUGGUACAUUUAAGGGUUUCCAGUAUGUUCUGCCUUUAAGGGUUACACACAUGUAGAUCUGUCGUUUACAGCUUGUUGUUAAGCGCGCUGUUGACGUCUUCGCACGUUUCUAUAUGUAAAACCGGUUUGCACUCGGUUCACAAGUACUCUCAGCAGACAAACACUAUUGGUGUGUUUGAGCCCUUAGAGUAUAUUAUUUGUUCUAUCAGAGCAAGAGGAUUUGUAGACAGACAUCUGAUGGUACGGGUGCCAGUUCUGUUCAUAGUACUGUAAUGUUGUGUGUGUAUAGGGCCUCUGAAAAAAUCCUGUCUCCAUAUUGGAGUGGGAAAUCUCUGUUUCUUCAUGUUUGUAGUUACUUCACCUUUUAAGGAACAUUUCAUCUGUAAUUAUAUAUUUUUUUGUAUGGCACACUGUUUUCUACACUAACUACUAACCGCUCAGUUUGCAGUGCAGACAACACAUCUCAACAUAGAAAACCCUUGAUAAAUAUUGUCAUAAUGGACAGGUAAUUGAAUCUGCAGCGCUUGUGACUUUUUUCUAAGAGCAGCUUCACUUCAGUGAUGUAUGUAAUAAUUACACCCUGACAUUCACUAUAAUAUUAGUAGAAAUGACUAUGGAUGCGUCCCAAAUGGCACCCUAUUUCCUAUAUAGUGCACUACUUUUGACCAGGGCCCUGAUCUAAAGUAGUAUACUAUAUAGGGAAUAGGGUGCCAUUUGAAAGAAUUUGUGUAUUUGUGGUUGAAUUGGGGGAAAUGAAAGCUGUCGUUGCUGUAAUAAUUUUUAUGUUGCUAAGAGGUAAAGCUUGCAGAAUUAAAAGCCAGCCAUCUUGUUAAACUGCAUCAAGACCUGUUGGUUAGAACCAUAUAGUGUAGAUUAAAUUUCUGUAAAACAAUAUUAUUAAACUCCAUUUUUUUUAUAAUAGGCCAUGUAAAUAGUGAAGUUUUUCCACUUUGAGAACGAUGGUUGUUUUUUGUAAAGAUAUUUCUCAUGUUUUUAUAUGGGGUCAAUAACCGUUACGUUUAGGAUGUUGACGUAAGAGAAAGGAAGAUGCCUUGAAAUAAAAUCUAAUAAUGAACCUA